CGUUUCCACCCCGUCUUAAAGGUAGACUAGGAGCUCCUCAGGCACCACCAGCGACCUGUCUAUAUACUCCAAUAACACCAAAUGGCGGUCCAUAAAGCUGUAAGGUGGCCCAAGAUAUUCCUCUUUGGAGACUCUAUUACACAAUUUUGUUUCAGUGCCGAAGGAUACUGGGGAGGUCUAAUAGCAGAUCAUUUUCAAAGGCGAGCAGAUGUAGUUGCUCGAGGGUUCUCGGGCUACAAUACUCGUCAGUGCCGAGCACUUUUGCCAUAUGUAGCAAGUGACCUCAAAGAAGUUGCGGGAGCUACAAUAUUCCUUGGAGCUAAUGAUGCCAGUGAGCCAGUAAAUACACAGCAAUAUGUACCUCUACACGAGUAUGUACAGAAUAUGAAGGAUAUUGUCGCACAUUUUCAGAAAGAUGGAGUUGAUCCCAUUGUAAUAACCCCACCAGCUCUGGAUGGUGAUGCCUGGCUGAGAAACUGUAAAGAAAGUGGCCGAGUCUACACGAAGGACGAGGAGCUUACUGCCAAGUAUGCACAGGCUUGCUCUAAUGCUGCUGCUGAUAUGAAGGUUCCUUGUAUUGAUCUUCAUACAGCCAUGAUCAAUCAGGAGGAUUGGCAGAGCCUUUUGUGUGAUGGUCUUCACCUCUCCCGUAGAGGGUCGGAAUUACUGGCCUCUUUGCUAGUUCCGGCUCUGGAGAAACAGCUUGUAAAACAUCUUCCCUCAGAACCUCUCUUGCCUCUAUGGGAUGAGAUUGAUGGUGAAAACCCAUCAAACUCAUUUCUUGAAUGGUACAAUAAAAACAAAUUAGCUUGAAAAUUUGUCCACAUUUGAUUAAAUACAGUUGAACCUUGAAUUUAUGUAGGCAAAAUCUAUGUGGUAAAUUUAAUGAGACAAUAACAUACAGUAAUUUAUUGUUACUACUUGAGCAUAUGUUGUUUGUACUGUGCUGAGACUUGCCAGUACUGUGCUAAUUAUGUAAUCUAUUCUUCCUUGGUGUCAAUAUACAUUGUUGUAGUUUAAUCAUGUGGACCAAUAACAGAUGGAAGGCUGAAAAUUAAAAAGAUACUUUUCAUUCAGUGGAGGUGAGUUUGGCCUGUUAUUCUGAAAAUAGAUAUAAGAAUACAUCUCGAUAUCAAUUUGAUUGGGUUCCCAUGAAUUUUAGUUUAAAAUUAAAAAAAAAAAGCAGAGCUAUUGGUUAUUGGAAAAUCUAUAGGCCUCAAAAAAAAUUGAAUGGGUUGAUUUAAUUUUAAGAGUGCAAAGUUCUGCUCAAAGCAGAUAUUGGCCCAUAUCUCAAAAUAUUCAUUUACUCCAAUUAAUAAGAAAAAUAGUUUAGGGUGUGGGAAGACUAAUGGGUUUAUAUUGAAAAAUUCAUAUGGUUGGUUUUUAUUUUCAAAAUGGUGAAUUUUGUUCAGUAGAGAAUGAUCGACCAUUAAUCUGGCUUUGGGCAUGGAAAAAUACUGUAUUGAAAAGUUUCUUAUUUGUGUAUUGUAUUAAUAAACUUAAAAAUUUGUGAAUACAGUACAUGUAAAAAAAUAAAAAAUGUACGUACUGUACAGUAAUAACAUUUUUGGUUUGGUAGGCAUCCUAUUUUUCGAUAAUUUUAGCCAAGAUCUAUGUUGUAUGUCGUAGAACAUCUUCACAUACAAUUGAGGUAAUUUUCCAAGACCAUUGUGAUAUGUUAGGAUUCAUUGUUACAUACAAUUAGACAUUUGUAAUGUUUUAAUUACAUUAAAAAUUGCAUAUUUUAAUUGUUAUAAUGCAGGACGAGCGUGUGUCUUACUUUCCGACCGCCCCUCGCGGUCACCUGUCCCUCAAUAGAAUUCUUGGUGACUCGGAUACUUUUGAUAUCGUUCGCCUUAUGCGGUUUUGUUCUCGUAUUGGCAUCCUUGGUGAUAUUUAGCGCCCUCUGAUUAUUUUGUGCAUUUGAUGGUGCUACAUAGCCUUCCCGGUUUGGUGCCUUCUUUUGAUAAUUACUUACUUAAUUGUUAUAAAAGAAUCUUGGCUCAUAGCCUAUCCAGUAAUUCCCAUGGGAACUCAUAGCUAUUGUUUUUGGGCUAAACUAGUGUUUAUGGGUGUAGUGUGUGUGUGUGUGUGUGCAAAUUGAGGACUCCUCAUUGUCCUGCCAUACUUGGUGGGCAGCUAUAUUUUCCUACCUUAAUGCAAAUUUAAAUUUAAAAUAAAUGCAUUGUAUUUCUAGGAAAGGCAAGUUAUUGUACUCUUGCAUAUGCAAGAUAUUGUAUUCCAUUUUCACUGAAGGAUGCUACAUAGCCUUCCCGGCUUAGUGCCUUCUUUGAUAAUUACUUUCACUGAAGGAUAUAUAAGAUUCAGUGUAAAAGAUCUAGGAUAUAUUUGUUACACUCAACCCACACAUGAAAUGAACGGAAAGUGAUGAUGUUUCGGUCUGUCCUGGACCAUCAUCGAGUUAGGUUUCAAUUCAAUAAAGGUCCAAGAUGGACCGGAAUAUUAUCGCACUCCUUUCAUUUUAUGCAGGUUGGGUUAUUUUUCAGCCACAGUGUUGUGACUGUACAAACAUUAGUUAACAAUGGAUGUAGAAGUUUUUUUAAUAUAUGUAAUGUGAUGUUAUAUGUGUACUGUGAUAUAAUAAACAAAAAUAAAGAAAACUGUUGAAGGCUUUGUGAAA